GAGAGCCCCUGCGAAGGCGAGGCCAAAGAGGAUGGGAAGGCGGCUCCCAAGAAAGCCAAGGUGCUGCAAGCACAGCAAUUCAAAGGGGACGUUGCAGAGGGCUCCGAGUACCUGUACAAAACCCACAUGUGCCCCGAGUGCAAGCGGUGCUUCAAGAAACGGGCACAUCUGGUGGAGCACCUUCACCUGCACUUCCCCGACCCCAGCCUGCAGUGCCCCAACUGCUACAAGUACUUCACCAGCAAAAGCAAGCUGAAAAUCCACAUGAUGCGGGAGACGGGCGAGAAGACCCACCGCUGCCCGCUCUGCCACUACAGCUCUGUGGAGAAGAACGCCCUCAACCGCCACAUGGCCAGCAUGCACGAGGACAUCUCCAACUUCUACUCUGACGUUUACUCCUGCCCUGUCUGCGGGGAGAAGUUUCAGCUCAGCCAGGCCCUCAAAGAGCACUUGAAGACUCACAAAGCCGAGCCCAAAAGGCUGAGCUGCUUCCAGGGGGGCUGUGACUACUGCGCGGAGGACCGGAAGGAGUUUGUCCGUCACCUCAAGGAUGUUCACGGCAUCAAAGCGGUGGAGUGCAAGUACUAUGCCUGCUCACUGCUCUUUGGUACGGCCGAGGCCAUGGAGGCCCACCGAAAAACCCACUACGCCUUCCACUGCCAGCAGUGCGACUUCAUCUGCUCCAACAAGCACGUGUUCCGCAAGCACAAGAAGCAGGGGCACCCAGGCAGCGAGCAGCUCCAGUGCAGCUUCUGCCCCUACGCCACCUUCAACCCCGUGGAGUUCCACGACCACGUGGGCAAGAUGCACGCCAACGAGAAGAUCCACAAGUGCACCGAGUGUGCCUUCGCCACCGCGCACAAGAGGGUGCUCAUCCGGCACAUGCUCUUGCACACCGGAGAGAAGCCUCACAAGUGCGAGCUCUGCGACUUCAUGUGCCGGGACGUCAGCUACCUGUCCAAGCACAUGCUGACCCACUCCAACGACAAGAACUUCAUGUGCACUGAGUGCGGGUACAUCACCAAGUGGAAGCACUACCUGAACGUCCACAUGCGCAAGCACACUGGAGAUCUCCGGUACCAGUGCAACCAGUGCUCCUACCGCUGCCACCGCGCCGACCAGCUGAGCAGCCACAAGCUGCGGCACCAGGGCAAAAGUCUGAUCUGCGAGGUGUGUGCCUUCGCUUGCAAGCGCAAGUACGAGCUGCAGAAGCACAUGCAGUCUAAGCACUCCCAGAACUACCAGGUGCCCAUCUUCCAGUGCCAGUACUGCACCUACCAGACGAAGUACAAGCAGGUGCUGCUGAAACACGAUCACGAGAACUGCAAGCACACCAAGCAGAAGGAGUUCCGCUGUGCCCUCUGCUCCUACUGCACCUUCAGCAACACCAGCCUCUUCUUCCACAAGCGUAAGGUUCAUGGCUAUGUCCCCGGUGACAAGGACUGGCUGGAAAACUAUGCCAGCAAGGAGCUGGAGAUCAGCUCGUCCGAGGCGCUCUUCGGUCACGAGCUUGGCGCAGCCCUGCGUGGGGAUGCCAGUUCCCCCCUCGCUGGUAAGGAGCAGUGGGCAAAGGUGAAGCCGUCCCAGGUGGAGUCCCAGGGAGAAGGGAGCUACCAGCAAGUGUUCGUGGUGCCCCUCCUUGGGCAGGAUGCCACGCCGAGCAGCGGCGAGGCAGAGGGAGGUGUGGGCGAGGGGGAGCAGAGCUCUCCCUCCGCUGGCGAGGCCCUGGGAGGUGACUGUGUGCAAGGAGAUGCUGCAGUAGGCUCGACUGAGCUCGCUGCUGCUGAGGACAUGGCAGAGAGCUGCACGUUGCACUUGGAGGUGCUGAACGUCUCCUCUGACCCUCUCCUGGAGCAUUUGACGGGAGAGUCCUGCACAGCACAGCCAGAGAGCGAGGAAGUGCUGUCCUGCAAGGAGCCUCCUGCGGCCUACGAGAUGCUGGGCUCCCAGGAGGACCUUGGCUUGGAGGACAAUGACCAUGCACUCGAAGACAUCCCAGACUUUGAGGAGGAGGCGGCAGACGCACAGGAGGACAAGGUGACGAGGCUGGAGGAUGGGGAAGCAUCAGGAGACAGCCAGGGAGGGAAUGCCCUAAGGCAUGCCACGGGCCUCCUCGAGGGGUCGUGCUCGGACCACCACGAGCCAGUGGCAGACGUUGAGGUGAGGGAGACCAGCCAAGCCGAGCUGCCGGAGGCCUGGCUCAGUGUGCCAAAGACAGCCGAGCAGAGACACCUGCCUGUCCUGGAGGAUGUGGCCACCUCUGGUGCCAACGCCAGAGGCGGCUCGGAGUCAGUGCUGAAGGCCCUGCGGAAGCAGGACAAGGAGCAGGCAGAGACGCUGGUGCUGGAGGGCAGGGUGCAGAUGCUGGUGGUGCAGUCCGAGAGCCAGAUCUUUAAGUGCGAGAAGUGCUCGUACGUCACGCGGAAGGAGAAGUCCAUGUCCCUGCACUCCAAGGCCAGCUGCCAGAGCCGCCGGGCCCCGCUUGUGUGCCGCGAGUGCGGCGCCAGCUUUAAACAGCAAAGGGGGCUCAACACUCACCUCCUCAAGAAGUGUCCCGUUCUCCUGAAGAAGAGCAAGAUCACCAAACCAGCCAGUCAGGAGCCAGAUGCGUUGUGCCACCCUGCUCACCAGGCCGGGGACAGCGUUCCGGAAGCGGCAGAGAGAGAGGAGGCAGGCUCAGAGGAGUCCGGGCAUGCCGAGAGCCCCUGGGAAGCUUCACUGCUGCCUGAGAAAACACAGCCAGCAGGCAGCCCUUUGGGUGGGGAACAGGCCUCGGGCUGUCCUGUCCCAGAGGAAUCCCUGCUGGGUGACAGCACGGAGGUGGCAGAAGAGCCACCCCAGCAAGGGAAUAGGGCUGAGCCAAGUGGAGCUGCUUGUCCCCCCCAGCCCGGGAAACCCUCAGAGAAGUACCGGCUGGAGGGAGGGAAGCUGCACUGCAAUGCCUGCUCCUUCGUGUGCUCCCGUGUCUCCACCAUCACUUCCCACGUGGAGGAUGGGUGCCGCAGCCUGGAGCAGUUCUGGUGCUCCCUGUGCCCCGAGGCCUUCCGCUCCCGGCGGGCCCUAAGGAGCCACUGCGCCAAGAAGCACAUCCUGCGUCCAGAGGAGGACGGACCCCAGAGCACCAAGAUCCCUGCAGAGGACCCGGCAGGCGUUGAGUCGGGCCGGCCCGGUGAGACACCCGACGCAGCCCCCCCCAAAACCACCCUGCCCAGGAGAAGGCGCUUUUCCUGCCCCACCUGCCCCUUCACCUGCCACCAGGAACGUGCCAUGAAGACGCACAAGAAGAGGGGCUGCGUGGCGCUGGGCGAGUUCCGCUGCGCCUCCUGCCCCUUCACCUCAAAGGCAGCCAAAGGCCUGCGGCUCCCCGGCGUGGGGCGCGUCGCCUGCGGCGUCUGCGGCCAGACCUUCGGCACCAACUCCAAGCUGCGCAUCCACCGCCUGCGGGUGCACGAGAAGACGCCCACCCACUUCUGCCCGCUCUGCGACUAUAGCAGCUACCUGCAGAACGACAUCACCCGCCACGUCAACAGCUGCCACCGCGGCGAGCUCAACUUUGGCUGCUCCCGCUGCGAGGCUCGCUUCAGCUCCGAGACGGCCCUCAAGCAGCACGUCCUGCGGCGCCACGAGGAGAAGGUGUCCUACGGUUGCCCGCGCUGCGGCUUCGUGUGCCACAGCGAGGCCACGCUCAAGUGCCACGUGCAGAAGCAGCACCCGCACCUGGAGUGCGGCACCUGCAAGGAGACCUUCCCCACCCGGGAGGCACUGGAGGAGCACAAGACGCAGCAUUUCAGCCACCGCUGCGAGCUCUGCCGCCACCAGCUCGUCUUCGACCAGCACGUGAAGGGCCACGGGGCCAUCCGCGUGUACAAGUGCUCGGACUGCGAGUACACCACCAAGAACAGGCAGAAGAUCACGUGGCACAUCCGCAUCCACACCGGCGAGAAGCCCUACAAGUGCCACCUCUGCAAAUACGCCUGCGCCGACCCCUCGCGUCUCAAGUACCACAUGCGGAUCCACAAGGAGGAGCGGAAAUACCUCUGCCCCGACUGCGGCUACAAGUGCAAGUGGGUGAACCAGCUCAAGUACCACAUGACGAAGCACACGGGCCUGAAGCCGUACCGCUGCGAUGAGUGCGAGUACCGCACCAACCGGCCCUACCUGCCCCACACCAACGAGAACCCCUUCUUCUGCCGCUACUGCCCUUACAAGGCCAAGCAGAAGUUCCAGGUCAUCAAACACAUCCAACGGCAUCACCCCGAGCGCGGGGCCGGCGACCCCAGCCAGGGGGUGGGCAAGGACCCCAGCGCGCCCACCGUCCACCUCCACGCCGUGCAGAGGGAGAGCCGGGCCGAGGGGCUCCCCGGGAUGGAGCAGGAAGGAGGGUGCCCCGCGGAGGAGAGCGUUGUGCCGUGA